AUGGUAGAUGCGACCGCGGGGCACGAACUCCUCAGUUUCAUGGAUGCUUUCUCCGGAUACAACCAGAUUUUGAUGCAUCCGGACGACCAGGAGAAGACAGCCUUUAUCACCGAGAGGGGAACCUAUUGCUACAAAGUGAUGCCGUUUGGACUGAAGAACGCCGGGGCCACCUACCAACGUCUGGUCAACAAAAUGUUCUCUGACCACCUAGGGAAGACCAUGGAAGUAUACAUCGAUGACAUGCUCGUCAAGUCCCUGAUUGCCGAGCAACACCUUGACCACCUUAGCCAGCGAGGGAUAGAAGCAAACCCCGACCAGAUCAGAGCGGUCCUCAACAUACCAUCCCCGACUUGCAUCAGAGACGUCCAGCGCCUUGCCGGACGAGUGGCCGCCCUGAGCCGUUUCAUCUCCAGAUCAGCUGAUAAAUGUCACCUAUUCUUCCACGCCCUCAAGAAGUCCAAGAGUUUCGACUGGAACCUUUCCUACGAAGAGGCCUUACAACAGCUGAAGAGGUAUCUGACCACACCACCACUUCUUUCCAAACCUGUGGACGGGGAGAAGCUUUACUCCUACCUAGCGGUCUCAGAGACAACCAUCUCGGCGGUACUAGUUCGAGAAGAAUCAUCAAAGCAAUUACCAGUCUACUAUGUGAGCAAGUCACUCCUCGACGCAGAAACGCGGUACAGUCAACUAGAGAAACUGGCCCUCGCCCUCGUCCAUGCGUCCAGGAAGCUCAGGCCGUACUUCCAGUGCCACCCCAUUGUUGUAAUCACCUCAUUCCCACUCAAGAAGAUAUUGCACAAACCGGAACUAUCAGGCCGACUCAUGCAAUGGACGGUAGAACUUAGUGAGUUCGAUAUAGCCUACCAAUCUCGUACCGCCAUCAAGUCCCAGGCACUAGCAGACUUCAUUGCCGACUUCACGCCAAGCACCACCACCCAGGCCGAAAGAGAAUUACUAUGUAUGAAUGGCGCACCACCCUCAAAGUGGACUCUCCUAGUGGAUGGAUCGAGUAAUGUCAAUGGAAGCGGACUCGGAAUAGUACUAAUCGCACCAGAGGGAGACAUCAUCCAGCGAGCAAUCCGGUGUGGUUUAAAGUGCACAAAUAACGAAGCCGAAUACGAAGCCCUCCUAGCAGGACUUUCCUUAGCCAGAGAAAUAGGAGCCAAGAGACUAGAAGUGAAGUCGGACUCCCAACUCGUAGUUAAUCAAUUACAAGGUACGUACCAAGCACGAGAUUCAAAGAUGACAUCGUAUCUGAGCAUGGUCAAAGAGCUGCAGACCGAAUUCGAAGAGUUUUCGAUAGUACAGAUCCCCAGAACUGAGAACUACCAUGCAGACGCCCUCGCCAACCUUGGAUCAGCACUCCCAUGUUCCUCCCAGUCAUCAAUCCCCCUUUUAUUCAUGCAGUGGCCAGCCAACUGGAAGGCACCACCACCGAACAAGUCUCCCAAUGAGGCCAUGGGCAUUGAACAAGCCGACUGCUGGAUGGCCCCAAUAAUAAGAUACCUGGAAGAUGAUGAGCUCCCGACUAACAGGAACGAAGCCCGCCGACUGAAAGCAAGAGCCGCCAGAUUCACCAUACAUGAAGGCCAACUCCUCAGAAAGUCAUUCUCGGGCCCUUAUCUGAAAUGCAUAGGCCCAGAAGAAGCCCACAGUGUUCUAGCCGAACUUCACAAAGGCGAAUGCGACAACCACGCGGGAGGGCGCAGUCUGGCGCAGCGGGUGGUCACCGCAGGGUAUUACUGGCCGACCAUAUGCACAGACUCAACCACUUAUGCAAAGAAAUGCGACAGCUGUCAGAGAUUUGCUCACGUCUCACANAAGGUAAAACUCGUUUUUCACUUGAUUCAUGCUUUGUUAUCUUGUCUUCUUUAG